CCCCUGUUGUUACUACCCAUGUCAGCACCAGGGUGUCUGUGUCCGUUUUGGCCUCGAUCUCUACCAGUGUGACUGCACCCGCACGGGCUACUCUGGCCCCAACUGCACCGUCCCUGAGCUGUGGACCUGGCUCCGGGAUACGUUGCGCCCCAGCCCAGCUUUUCUCCAUUUCCUGCUGACCCACGGGCGCUGGAUCUGGGAGUUUAUCAAUGCCACCUUCAUCCGUGACAUGCUCAUGCGUAUGGUACUUACGGUUCGUUCCAAGCUGGUUCCCAGUCCCCCAACCUACAACUCAGCACAUGAUUACAUCAGCUGGGAGUCCUUCUCCAAUAUGAGCUAUUAUACACGGAUUCUGCCCUCUGUGCCCCAAGACUGCCCCACACCCAUGGGAACCAAAGGGAAGAAGCUGUUACCAGAUGCCCAGCUCCUGGCCCAUCGCUUCCUGCUGAGGAGGAAGUUCAUUCCUGAUCCUCAAGGCACCAACCUCAUGUUUGCCUUUUUUGCACAACAUUUUACCCACCAGUUCUUCAAAACUGCUGGCAAGAUGGGUCCCGGCUUCACCAAGGCCUUGGGCCAUGGGGUAGACCUGGGCCACAUUUAUGGUGACAACCUGGAACGUCAGUAUCAACUGCGGCUCUUUAAGGAUGGGAAGCUCAAGUACCAGGUGCUGGACGGAGAGGUAUACCCCCCUUCAGUGGAAGAGGCACGUGUGUUGAUGCACUACCCGCGGAAUGUUUUGCCCCGGAACCAGAUGGCUGUGGGCCAGGAGAUGUUUGGUUUGCUUCCGGGGCUUAUGCUCUAUGCCACCAUCUGGCUCAGAGAACACAAUCGUGUCUGUGACUUGCUGAAGGCUGAGCACCCCACCUGGGAUGAUGAGCAGCUCUUCCAGACAACCCGCCUAAUUCUCAUUGGGGAGACCAUCAAGAUUGUAAUUGAAGAGUAUGUGCAGCAGCUGAGUGGCUACUUCCUGCAGCUGAAGUUUGACCCAGAGCUGCUGUUCGGGGUCCAGUUCCAGUAUAGCAACCGCAUCGCCCUGGAGUUCAACCACCUCUACCACUGGCACCCGCUCAUGCCUGACUCCUUCAAAGUGGGCUCCCAAGAGUACAGCUACGAGCAGUUCUUGUUCAACACCUCACUGCUGGUGGACUACGGGGUGGAAGCCCUGGUGGAUGCCUUCUCUCGUCAGGUGGCUGGCCGGAUCGGUGGGGGCAGGAACAUGGACCAGCACGUCCUGCACGUGGCCGUGGAGGUCAUCAAGGAGUCUCGCGAGCUGAAUCUGCAGCCCUUCAAUGAAUACCGCAAGAGGUUUGGCAUGAGGCCCUACACAUCCUUCGAGGAACUCACAGGAGACAAGGAGAUGGCGGCUGAAUUGGAAGAGCUAUAUGGUGAUAUUGAUGCUAUGGAGUUCUACCCGGGGCUGCUUCUUGAGAAAUGCCUUCCAAACUCCAUCUUUGGGGAAAGUAUGAUUGAAUUUGGGGCUCCCUUUUCCCUCAAGGGCCUCCUAGGGAAUCCCAUCUGUUCUCCGGAGUACUGGAAACCUAGUACAUUUGGUGGUGAGAUAGGUUUCAACAUUGUCAAGACUGCCACCCUGAAGAAGCUCGUCUGCCUCAACACCAAAACCUGUCCCUAUGUUUCUUUCCAAGCGCCUGACCUCAUCCAGGAUGACCAGUCUAGUGCAAAGCGGCCAUCCACAGAACUCUAAGGGGACAACAAAGCAGUGUUCUGGAGGAUGGAGCUUUGGGCUUGACAUUCCAGAAAGUUGAGACCAGGGCUGGUUGUCUUAAGUGUUGAGUUUCUAAUUUGGCAUUGAGAUGGAUGGCCUUGACAUUUAGAACUUUGCAUCCAUCACCGAUUAUCAGGAAUGUUGUGGUUUUGUUUGUGCUCAAAUGCUGAAUUCCUGAUGAAUCAUUCCUGGUUAAUGAGUGGUUCUCAUUUGGCAUGUCAGAACACUGGGUUCCUGGCUGACAACCUAGACUGU